GAAAUCAGUAGCUGAGCAUCGACUCCUUUGCUCUUCGUCAUGAAGCCGCAAGCCUUGGCCGUAGUCGUAUCCGUAUUACUCGCUGGAGCUGUGCUCUGCCAUGCCCAAGUGCCUCUACCUGGCUUUCCUCGCCCGACCCGAUGCGGACCGGGCGAGGUGCUGAAACAGUGCCAGAGCAGCACGUGCGCCGAGUUCAACUGCGCCGACCCGAGGCCGCCGACCAAGUGCACCUACGACUGCGUCACGGGAUGCUUCUGCGCCGACGGUUUCUACAGAAACAGCGCCAAGCGCUGCGUACCCAGGCAUCUCUGCUCGUAAGCCCUAGCUCAAGAACGAAGGAAUAAAAGGGACUGACGCCCACCCGAGACCGCUUCUCUUCA